AGUGAGGUUUCCGUGGAGACAGCCGAGCCUGCGGAAGGCGGCGGCGGCGGCACCUGUGAGCGGAGGCCGGGGCAGGGCAUGGUGGCACCCGCCACACUGUGAGAGACGAGCGGCCGCUGGGUCCGCCAUGCGCCCGCGGCGCUGACAUGGGCGCCAGCGGCUCCAAAGCUCGGGGCCUCUGGCCCUUUGCCUCGGCGACGGGGGGCGGCGGCCCCGAGGCAGCGGGCGCUGAGCAGUCUUUGGUGCGGUCUCGAGCCCGAGCGGUGCCCCCCUUCGUAUUCACGCGCCGCGGCUCAAUGUUCUAUGAUGAAGAUGGGGAUCUGGCUCACGAAUUCUAUGAGGAGACAAUCAUCACCAAGAACGGACAGAAACGGGCUAAGCUGAGGCGGGUACAUAAGAAUCUGAUUCCUCAGGGCAUCGUGAAGCUGGAUCCCCCCCGCAUCCACGUGGAUUUCCCUGUGAUCCUCUAUGAGGUGUGACCCUGGGAUGUGGCGGACACAAGCACCCACUGCCCCAGCAAGAAACUCCCAGGCUUAAGUAAGGUGUGACUUCCAUUCAGGAGUCCAGGCUGGUGCCACAACCCUGAAUAAACUAAUCUCCGUUGGCCCAGAACCUUCAGCUGUAAGAGGGGCAGUUCCUCGGUGUUGACUGCUAUUGGUUUGUGUCUGAACAAAAGGUGGCUGGUGAUGGUGAGGGCUAGUGGCAGAUUUACCAGCCCCCUUCCCCAGCCACUCCUGCAAGAAGCAUGGCAGGGCAUAUGCUGGUCAGGAAUGCCUGGUUCCUAGUUCCUUGCCUGGCCUGCUUUCUUCCAAGCUUGCCUAGGGCCCAGCCCUACUAGAAACCACAGCACUUUACAAGCAAAGUCUGCCUUCUUCCAGCCCCUGGGCUGUGGGGGCUGUACCCAAGUGGGAACUUCCUUUCUCAUUCUUCCCUUACACCCUAGUCAGAGCAUUUCAGCCGUUUUGCUACCUCGAUUCCUCCUGUAUUGGACAGAGACUGGGGGCAGUGCCAGCCUGAUUCUUCCUGCGUACUUGCCACUUGUUCCCACUCUAGGAUGGACAGUUUGCUGGCUGUUACAUAGGAAUGGGGACUGGUGUGGGAGGCUUCUCCUUUCACCCAGGGCUGGGCUGAUCCUUCCUUACUUCAACUAGUUGCCCUCCCAUCCCCAAAAGAGAGGGUGUAGGCCAGGGUCAGGACAGGCUAUGGAUGCCUGUACCUAUGGGGAUUUGCCCCAAACCACAUAUUCAGUCUAAUCUCCCUUAUUUUUGCACCAGUCCCCUCCCCCCAGUUGUAGAGGAGGGGCUGUUCACCACCCAGUGGUAAGAAGCAACACAGUAGGGCUGGUGCCAGUAGCUAUGAGGAGCCCACAUCCCUUCUUCAACAGUAUCUUCACCCCUUCAGGAUCAGUCAAGGGAAAGUACUGGAGCCCCUUUGUAGAGAUAGAAAGGAGAGGAAAACACAUAAAAGGAAUACUUAAAAUGUGAAAGCUUGUAAAUAGACUAUGAUGAUGUUGGGGCAGAGUCUGAUUUCUAUGUAGAGAUGGCCUUUUAAAAAAAAAUCCUUAUUUGAGGAAGCUCUGUGCUUUUAGAGUGUGGGAAAUGGCUGGGGGCCCCCAGCAUAAGAAGACCGUUGUAUUAUUUGUUCAAUUUCAAUAAAAUUAUUUGUAGACCCUGCA